AUGGAGAUUUUGAAGUGUCCCGUCUGCCAAGAUUUAUUUACUGACCCGGCUCACGCCCUCCUCCACCAGCAGAGAUCAGCCCUGAAGCUCCACACUUUGGUGGAGGUGACACGGGACCCUCUGUCUCUGAAAUGUCCUGAGCACAGGGACGAGCUGAAGCUGUUCUGCUCCCAGGACAGAGUUCCAGUCUGCUGCCUCUGUGUGCUGGUCGGGGCACACAAGAACCAUAAGGCACCACAACUGCAUGAGGCUUGUGAUGAAUUCAAGACUUUGCUGCAGCGUUCCAUGAAUCAGCUUCUGAAGAGGAGAAAUGAUGCCGAACAUACAAUCAAGGAGUUGGAGUCUUUCUAUCGACAAACAGUGAAGUCGGCUGCUGACCUACGGGAACGUAUCUCCGACAAGUACAGCCGGCUCCACGUGGUUCUGGAUGGAGACGAGCGUUUGAUGCAGCAGAUUGUGGACGCAGAAGAGGCCUGUGUGACCGACUGGCUGGACGUCCAGAGGGAGAAGAUAGAGGUGGAGAUCCGAGACAUUGACCGACUCAGGACGUCCACCAAAACAGUUCUGCAGGAGAACAACCAGCUCAAGUUCCUCCAGAAAAAGGUGAAAAAGUUGGGUAUUUUUGCAGAUCUCCACAAAGGGGAGCUCUUGUUCUAUGAUGCAGAUGCGAUGGCCUUGAUUCAGUCCUUCCCAGUGAAAUGCCAGGAGCCCAUGUUUCCCAUGUUUAACCCUUGCAUAGACGUGAACGGGGUCAAUAAGCAGCCACUGGCACUGUUUUGCAUCAAAGAGCCCUGGGACUGGUGCGACGACACACAAGAAGAAGGAGAAAAAGAUGCAGAGCUGGAAAAGAAUGAGUGA